UUCGAUUUUAAAAUUGUGUGUAUUUAUAAUUUUAAUCCAAAUUAAUAGUAUUUUUAAAUGUUAAUCUUACUAAAAUCUGAUGUUUAGUGUAUUUAAAUGAGCUUAAUUGUUAAUAAACCAACAUGCCUAAGUUACUUUUUGAAAAACUUCUUCAUGACAAUAAUUCUGUCAAUGUCAGUGUUUACAAACCGGAUGGAAUUUCAUCUUUCUGGAAUUGGUUUACCAGAAAGAACAAAACCGGAGAUAUCCCCAAAACUGUGUUUGACACUAGCUACAGACUGAAGCUCAAUGAAAACGACCUGAACAUGUUGAAGAGCAUCGAUUUACAAAAACUUAUGGCUACCAGAAACAGAAAAAAGUUUCCAAACCAACAUAAAAUAUUUUUUCUUCCAAAAACUUCUUCCUUGGGGUCGAAAGAAAAGGAAUUUUUGGAUAACUUUGCUUUACACAUGAAACAAAAAACUUUUCAAACCGGAACAAAAACAUUUGAGCAAAAAGUGAAAUCUACAAGUUUGUUUUCAAUCAAGUCAAACCAUAGUCUAAAAUAUAUACAUAAGAUAAAGUCGCAAAGAUCGAUAGUGCACAGUGUGAGUAGCAACAGAGCAACUUGUCGGGUUGGCAACACUGCGAGAGGCCCCAGGAAUGUUCUGCUGAAGAGUGUGCCACCAGCAGUUCUCGAGAGUAACUUGCAAAAUAAAGUUUUUCUUCCCCUUUAUGUUGGAAAGAGGAAAACUGACAAAGACAGAACACAAAAAAACAAACCUGCGGAAAAUAUCUGCAAACACGAUAAUGAAAAAAAUGAAUCAGAUGUAAUACCGAUGCUUUUGACUAAAAUAAAGUCAAUGGAAGAGCAAAUAAGUGAUAUAGAAAAUAAAACAAAACAAAUCGAUGAAGUUGUUUCACAACAACAGAUUUUGAAGACAUCCACUUACAACAAUAAAACAGGCACUGCAGAAAAGUCAAUUGGAGUAGAAACAAAACAUUUAGCAACCCACAAAGUUUAUCCAAAAAAUAUUAACUCUUGUUCAAAGAAAUCAAAAACGUGUCCUACAAAGUUGAAAAAUAAAAGAAAACUGAACUAUGCAUCCGGGAACUCCUUGAAAAGUACUAAAAAAACUAAGGAUCUUAGUGUGAAAAUUGUGAAUAAUACUUGUGAUAAAAAUAAAACAAAAAAAAGAAAUGCUACAGAUAAUCUUUUUAACAACCCUGAAACAUUUAUUGGACUACACAACUUUACUAUUCCAAAUAUUAUGUCUAAAAAAAAUCUUUUCCAAGCAAAUCCUAAUGUAGGUUGUGACAUGAUUUUACAAUUGUUAAAAACCUUUUCGGAAGUGAGUGGUUCAUCGAAGAUGGGCCACACUGAACCUGUAAAACCUGAUAAUCUAAAUUUGAAUAAUGAAAGCAGCUUUGUUGGUUCAAAAACAAUAUCCAACUUUUCAAAACCAACUUUUGACUGGAAACAUAAAAGUUUGACUUCAGCUAGUGAAUCACAGGAUGAAGAAAUCAAUAAAACAAAUACUGGAAUAAGUAACAUUGGUGUAAGAAAAAACUAUUCUUUUCCUCUUAGAAAUGAAGUCACUAAAAAAGAUUUAAGUCAAGUUAGUAAGAUUUUGGAAGGAUCAGAUCAGAAGAAAAACAUUAUUCGUGAAUCAUUUGAACAGAAAACUGGUAGUUGUCAUAUUACUUCACAAGAGAAAAUAAAAGUUAGUGAAGAAAAAGACAUUUCUGAGCCAAUCACUUCAGGGUUAGGAAAGACGCCAAAACAAAAUAAUAAUGAAAUCCAAAAAUUACUUGAAACUGUGAAACGGAAUCAAGACUUUUCAGAAAACAAUUUUGACUUAGAAGAAACAAAAGGCAGUGAGCGCAGCGAUGAAUUAGUUUUUGAGAAACAUCUUGAGUUCCAAAUUUGUAAAAAUAAAUCAGUUCAAUUAGAUGUCAAAGAUCUAAAUAUUUCCAAAACUGUUUUAGAACAAUGUUCUAAUGCAGUUCUCUCCCAUGUUGAGAGUAAUGUUUAUAUUGAACAGCCUAUGAACAAAAUGUCAGGUAUUACUAUGGAACCUUGUAAAUUGUGCAGUGUCCAUAUAAAACAAAGCGAAAUGUCAACUGGUCUAAUCAACCCAACAGAAAACUUGUCAAACCGACUUUGAUGAUCUAGAAGAAAGCUUACUGUCUUGUGGUUAAGUUUAACAAAUACAUCGGGGGAAAUAUUUCAAUACAAUACGGUUACAACAUUAGGUUUGGACAGAAUUUACAUUUUAAAUUUAAACAUUGAAUUUAAAUUUCGUCAGAUUUUAACAAUUUUGUUUAGUUAUACUGGCGGUACACAAAACUCAAACCCUGGUCUUGGCUAGCCAUGAGUAUUAAGUUAAUUGUUAACGAUUUAUAGCCUUAUUUCUGGUUUGAAGAAUUCAGCAAGAUAUCAUUUAAAGAUACAAUGGAUAUACAUUCAAAUACUAGAGUUUUUCUUGUACAAGUGCAUGGAUUUUAAGCACUUCAAUAAAGAAGUGGAAAAUAGUUAGUUUUAUUCCAAAUAAAUCCAAGACAAUACCAACAAAAUGUAAAAGCACCUGGAUGCACAUUAAUCAUAUAUUUUAAUAGAAACAUCACUCAGAAUUGUAUGACCUAAAGUAAGAGCGUAAAGAUUAAUUAAGGUUUAACAUUACUCUUAAAGCACUAAAAUUAAGAUGUCUGUCAGUACACUUAUACAGGAGGUAGGGAAUAGUCUUGGAGGAACAUAUUAAAUAGAUACCCUGAUUGCCCAAAAGUGUUUUGUGACAAUGAUUUCACAUUUAAAAACUCUCCAAAUCAUUAGAAGAUUUAUAUCACUAGCGUUUUGUUAAAUGUAAAAUCAACAGGCAUAGUACUCUUUUUCUAUGGAUGUUCGGAAUCUUUGUACAGUAUUUUAAAAAUUGUUUUAGUCUCUAAAGUUUCAUUUAUUUAUUAAUUUUUAUGUAAAAUGUACAAGGUUUAGUGUCACAUAUGAAAUUUUAGUAUUACACAAUGUCAUACACGAGUUAACAUUUAGUAAUUUACAUGUAGUUCAAGGCAAAAAAGAUUUCAAGAAUCAAAUAGACUUGUGUAAAUAAAUAUGUUAUUUACAAAUUGAAAUUAAGUUAUAAAGACCUCAUCUGUUGAAUAGGGAGAAAUAUUAAUAAGGUAUUUUUAGCUCUAGUUUAUAUUUGUUUAUUUUAUUCUAUUUGUUUUAAGUUAUUUGGUAACAUUCGUAAAAAAUUAAGUCCUAUAUUACUCGUCUUUUUAUUAGCAAGCUCUAAAUUGUGGAGAUUGCUUUCUACUAAAGUCAUUCCCCUUGUUUUGUAUGAAUUCCUGUUUGCUUAUAUUACUCCCAGCAUAUGCUCUUUCACAAACAUAAUCAACUGAAAAUUAUGCAGCCCAUAUACAGUCAAAAUGCCUAGAUUUGUCAAAUGAGCUUUGACAGAAUCCUUACUUUUAGUCCUAAAAUGAUUCUACAUGAUUGCUCUUUUUUGAUGAAGAAGAAUUUUAUUUAAUUUUUUUGUGACGUAGCACUGUACAAGGAAAUAUUUGAGUGGAUAUAUGCAAAAUAUAUGGUUUUGGGUGUUUCAGUAUUACAUAAAUAUGACAUCUUCUUAAGAGCAUAUUAACUGGAUUUUAUUUUCAGACAUAAAUUUUCUACAUGUUUAUCCCACGAUAAAUGUUUGUUAGUUAUUAAGCCUAAAAGCUUUACUUCAUUCAGUUUUCAGUAUGUAUUUUAUAAACCUUUAAAAGACCAAGAUUUAAUGUGUUGCAAUUAGUGCUUAUGAUGCUCAUGUGUUACUUUAGUGGUGUCUUUUAAGAGCCACACCUGUCUUAGUUAGCCACUCUUUAUAAUUUGUUAAAUCCACUUGUUAUCUCUAGUGUACUGGCUUUGUUAGGAUUAUUGAUUAUUUAUUGAUAUUGUUGUUAUGAUAUUAUUAUUAAUGUUUGACAUUGUUAGCAAAUUAAACAUAUAAUUAUUGUAAUCAGCCUUUUGGGAUUUUUUUUAAAGUUGGUAAAUAAAUACACCAAAGAUUAAAUACAGUGUCGUGUAAAUCCGUAAAUUUUGACUGUAAACUGAUUAAUAAUUUAAAUAAAUUAUUUAAAUAAGAACUCAAGAUGUUGAUGGAUAACGUUACUGUUAAUGAUGAAUAAGUUAAGGCUCGAUUAAA